AUGGCAAUCAGUCAGGGCUGCGUGCAACAAUUGAGCCUUCCUCAGCUGGCUGGCACCUUUCAGCCCACUUUGCAGGUGGUGGCCUCAGACAUCAGCAAUUCCAAUGGGCAGCUGGUGAGUCUGUCGGAUACCUGCCAUGUGGCCAUUGGCUGCAUCAGCCCCGAGCUGAUGCAGCCGGUAGCAUUGUACGACCUGGUGCGCUUGGUGCAGUGGGAAGUGCAGUUGACCCCUGGUGCCUGGAUGCUGCAGAUCUCGGGCUUGCACAAGGUGGGGCACCACCAGGGCGUCAUCGGCAGCCCCACCAUGGACGUGCCGCUGGCGGCUGAGGCUGCUAAGGCGCCUGCUCCCUGCGCUGGUCUGCGCCAAGAACUCCAGGACUUUGCCUUGACGCAACCGGGAGCGGAGCUGGGCCAGAUGGGCCAGAUGGGAGCAGUGCCGACGCCCAUGCGCAAAUUGGAGAGGGCUGAGAACCUCUACGGCAGGAGGUUUGGAGAGGAGACCUACCAUGUUUCAGUCUCCCAAUGUGCUCCAAAUCAGCCCGGGCUCAUGGAGGUGGCAGCCCCUUUGCCGGCCACCCACGCCAUGGACCCAGCCUCUCCUGCGCGGCCGAUGGUGGCAAGUGCCGCGCUGCCACACAGCGCGGUGGCCCCUGCGGCUACGCCGAUGCAGGGCCUGCCGGCUGCCACGGUGAAUGCGCGGCCGGGCCCAGGGCAGAGUGGAGCAGCUUCUACUCAGCCGAACCAAGCUGGUCAAGGGAACCUCUUGACAGUGGACGCCAUCGCAGGCUACAGCGGAGACAACUGGAGGCUCAUUGCCCGGGUGACGCUGAAGUCAGAGAAACGCAACUGGAAGAACACCGAAAAAGAAGGGACCAUCUUCAAUGUGGAACUGGUGGAUGAGAACGGGGUGGAAACCCGGGGCGUCUUCUUCAACAAGGAGGCAGACAAGUUCCAUCCGAUCCUUCAGAAAGGAAAGCUGUACAGCUUCUACGGAGGGCGCAAAAAGAAAGGCAAUACUCGCUGGUGUCCCCAUAAGAUCGAACUGACCUUCGACAGCCGCGCCAACAUCCAAGAACUGCCGGAGGAUGGGAGCUAUCCACGCUGUCCACUGCCGCACUUCGAAGUGAAGCCACUGAGUGCCAUCGAAGAAAGCGAGGAGAACGCGUUGAUCACUGUGGCAGGGAUUGUGAUUAACUGCGAGAUGCCCACAUCGGUGGCGUGUCGAAACAACACGCAGAGAAAUCGUCAGAACUUCCAGCUCUUGGACGAUUCCAACGUCACCUGCCGGGUCACUUUGUGGGGUGAGCAGUGCAUCGAAGAUCUGCAAUGCGGCGUGGUGGUGUUGUUGAAGAACGCCCGGGUGUCGGGGUACAACAACAGCAAAUCCCUCAACUCGGGCGGUGUGACGGAUCUGUCCGUGGAUAGCGUGGCUUUGUGGCAUCCGCGCUGUCAGGAGCUGCUGCAUUGGUACAGGCAAGGUGGAGAGGCGUCCUCACAAAAUGCGCGGAGUUUGUCGUCCAUGGGCGGGCAAACACCGCUGCAGAAUAUUCAGGAAAUGAAAGACUCAGCCGUAUCUCUGGAGAUGCCUGGUGCUACUGAUGGAGGGGCUCAACAAGGAUUUCACUUGGUGCCGGUCACCAUCACGCACAUCCCACAUGACAAACGGCCCUUCUACAUGGCAUGUGUCGAGGAGGUGCCAGACGAGAAGAAGGGUACCCGCACCUGUAACAAGAAGAUGGAGAUCAACGGCGACGUUUGGCAGUGCGCUUUGGGGCAUCAGCUUGCCCCAUCGGCCCGUUGGAUCUGUCAGUUUAGCGCCUGUGACCAUACCGGGAGCUCCUACUUCAGCAGCUUUGAUGAGGUGGGCGUCAAGAUGUUGGGCCACAAGGCCGACGAAGCCGCCAGGCGCUGGGAUCGUCGCGAAGUCGAUCAAUCGAUGGAUGUGGAGAUCGAGCAUAUCUUCAAACGAGGGCUCUUCAAGCGGUGCAUGCUGAAGGUGAAAUCCAAAAAGGAGAUUUACAACGAUGAGGAGAAGUUGAAGUAUUCCGCCCUGGAUUUGUGGCCCAUGGACUUUGUCAAAGACGCGCGGCAGAAGUUGCUGGACAUGAAAACCUUCCUCGCAGCCAGGAUCUACCACAAGAAGACCGAACUGCCGGACGAGACAGAGUAUCACGAGGUACUGAGACCCAUCCUGCUGGAGAUUGAAGACACACCCGGUUCAGAGCGGGGCUUUGACGAUGACGAUGAUGGCAGUGGGCCUCCUGCUGCCGGCAAGACGGAAGCCGGUGCCCCAAGAAUUAUGAAGGGCUCGCGUGUGGUGGUGGUCAAAGAGAAACAGGAGUUGAUGCAGCUCUUUGAGAAGUUUGGGCAGAACUCCAAGGGCGUGGUCUUCAAACGGGGCAUGGAGAAUAUGCUGGGAAAGGAGUUCAACGUGCGCUCCAUGGGCAAAGAUGGCAGCAUCUACCUGCCUUCCCCGGAUGGAAGCGAGGGCGGGGUGUGGACCUUUCCUCCGGGUGCUGCGAAGUUGAAAGUGUCUCUCACGCUUCCCAUUGACGAGUUCCUGCACUUAGCAGAGAAGAAGGAGAAGGUCUACGCUCAAAAAGAGAAGAAAGAACACCUGGUGGCGCUCCAAAAACCUCUCUCCGGCUACGACCGUCCGGUGGGCGCGCCGGAUGUGGACAAGACGCUGACGCGGAAUCGCAUGGGCUACUUCAUUUGCUUCGACGUGUCAGAUGAAAGUGAAGCCUCUUUGAAAGAGGCCAUCGCAGUGCACAAGUUGCUGACGGAGAGUCUGCACAAGAACAUGACCUGGAACCGAAGGGCUUUGUCGCCUUACAUCUACCUGGUGGGCUGCAAGUCUGACAAGGGCAAUUCGGGGGACGAUGUCAGGCGGAACAUCAAGAAAGCAGAAUUCUUUGCGAAUGACAAUGACCUGAUUUGCCGCAUCACGUCCGCCAGACAACAGCAAGGCGUUUCGGAAGUUUUUGGAGAGAUGAUCCAAGCCAUCAGUUCACGGUCCAAUUUGUGGACCUUGGAUGGCGAAAUUGAUGAGAACGAGGAAGAUGAAGACGCCGGAGGCUGCUUUCAUCAGUGA